AUGUCAGCGCAGGGCAAGUUCAAGAAGGACAAAGAGAUCAUCGCCGACUACGAGGCGCAGGUCAAAGAGAUCCGAACGCAGCUGGUGGAGCAGUUCAAAUGCCUGGAGCAGCAGUCGGAGUCGCGGCUGCAGCUGCUGCAGGACCUGCAGGAGUUCUUCCGCAGGAAGGCCGAGAUCGAGCUGGAGUACUCCCGCAGCCUGGAGAAGCUGGCCGAGCGCUUCUCCUCCAAGAUCCGCAGCUCCAGAGAGCACCAGUUCAAGAAGGAUCAGCACCUGCUGUCCCCUGUGAACUGCUGGUACCUGGUUCUGACGCAGACACGUCGGGAGAGCCGAGACCACGCCACCCUGAACGACAUCUUCAUGAACAAUGUCAUCGUGCGGCUGUCGCAGAUCAGCGAGGAUGUCAUCAGGCUCUUCAAAAAGAGCAAGGAGAUUGGCCUCCAGAUGCACGAGGAGCUCCUGAAAGUCACCAAUGAGCUCUACACGGUGAUGAAGACCUACCACAUGUACCACGCAGAGAGCAUCAGCGCCGAGAGCAAGCUGAAGGAGGCAGAGAAGCAGGAGGAAAAGCAGUUCAACAAGUCAGGGGACAUCAGUGUGAACCUGCUGCGACACGAGGACCGGCCGCAGCGGCGCAGCUCCGUCAAGAAGAUUGAGAAGAUGAAGGAGAAGAGACAAGCCAAGUAUUCUGAGAACAAGCUGAAGUGUACAAAAGCCAGGAACGACUACCUGCUGAACCUGGCAGCCACCAACGCGGCCGUCAGCAAGUACUACAUCCACGACGUGUCGGACCUCAUCGAUUGCUGUGAUCUGGGGUUCCACGCCAGCCUCGCUCGCACCUUCAGGACGUACCUGUCUGCAGAGUACAACCUGGAGACGUCGCGGCACGAGGGCCUGGACGUCAUCGAGAACGCCGUGGACAACCUGGACGCGCGGAGCGACAAGCACACCAUCAUGGACAUGUGCAACCAGGUCUUCUGCCCGCCGCUCAAGUUCGAGUUCCAGCCACACAUGGGGGAUGAGGUGUGCCAGGUGAGCGCCCAGCAGCCUGUGCAGACCGAGCUGCUGAUGCGGUACCACCAGCUGCAGUCUCGGCUGGCCACCCUCAAGAUAGAGAAUGAAGAGGUACGGAAAACGCUGGAUGCCACGAUGCAGACCUUGCAGGACAUGCUGACAGUGGAAGAUUUUGAUGUUUCAGAUGCCUUCCAGCACAGCCGCUCCACUGAGUCGGUCAAAUCAGCUGCAUCAGAGACCUACAUGAGCAAAAUCAACAUUGCCAAGAGGAGAGCCAACCAGCAGGAGACUGAAAUGUUCUAUUUCACUAAAUUUAAGGAGUAUCUGAAUGGCAGUAACCUCAUCACGAAGCUCCAGGCUAAACACGACCUGCUGAAGCAGACUCUGGGAGAAGGUGAAAGAGCUGAGUGUGGAACAACCAGGCCCCCCUGCCUUCCCCCUAAGCCACAGAAAAUGAGGAGACCUAGGCCUCUCUCAGUCUAUAAUCAUAAACUCUUUAACGGCAAUAUGGAAACAUUCAUUAAGGAUUCAGGACAGGCCAUUCCACUUGUUGUAGAAAGCUGCAUCCGCUACAUCAAUCUGUAUGGCCUCCAGCAACAGGGCAUCUUCAGAGUGCCUGGCUCCCAGGUGGAAGUCAACGACAUCAAGAACUCGUUUGAGAGAGGUGAAGACCCCCUUGCUGAUGACCAGAACGAACGAGACAUUAACUCAGUGGCUGGAGUCUUGAAGCUGUAUUUCCGAGGACUGGAAAACCCCCUCUUUCCUAAGGAAAGGUUUCAAGAUUUGGUAUCUACUAUAAAAAUUGAGAACCCUGCAGAGAGAGUGCACCAGAUCCAGCAGAUCAUUGUCACUCUGCCUCGGGCUGUCAUCGUGGUCAUGAGAUACCUCUUUGCUUUCCUUAACCACUUGUCACAGUACAGCGAUGAGAACAUGAUGGAUCCCUACAACCUGGCCAUCUGCUUCGGGCCCACGCUGAUGCACAUUCCUGACGGGCAGGAUCCGGUGUCCUGCCAGGCCCAUGUCAAUGAGGUCAUCAAAACCAUCAUCAUUCACCACGAGGGCAUCUUCCCCAGCCACCGAGAGCUGGAGGGGCCUGUCUAUGAGAAGUGCAUGACCGGAGGGGAGGAGUACUGUGACAGCCCGCACAGCGAGCCGGGCACCAUCGAUGAGGUGGACCACGACAACGGGACAGAGCCGCACACCAGUGACGAUGAGGUGGAGCAGAUUGAAGCCAUAGCCAAGUUUGACUACAUUGGGCGAUCUCCACGGGAGCUCUCCUUCAAGAAAGGGGCCUCACUCCUGCUGUACCACCGGGCGUCAGAAGACUGGUGGGAAGGGAGACACAACGGGGUGGAUGGGCUCAUUCCCCACCAGUACAUCGUGGUGCAAGACAUGGAUGAUGCCUUCUCUGACAGCCUGAGCCAGAAGGCAGACAGCGAGGCGAGCAGCGGGCCAUUGCUGGACGAUAAAGCCUCCUCCAAGAACGACAUCCAGUCACCCACAGAUCACAUCUUGGACUAUGGCUUUGGGGGAGUGAUGGGCAGGGUGAGAUUGAGGUCUGAUGGUGCAGCCAUCCCGCGGCGCCGCAGCGGUGGGGACACCCACAGCCCGCCCCGAGGGAUGGGGCCCGGCAUUGACACCCCUCCCCGAGCAGCAGCCUGCCCCAGCAGCCCCCACAAGAUCCCCCUCAACAGGGGCAGGAUCGAGAGCCCUGAGAAGCGCAGGAUGGCCACGUUCGGCAGCGCGGGCAGCAUCAAUUUCCCAGACAGGAAGGCCCUGGCUGACAGCCACCCUCUGAGAUCCACCUGUGGGUCCACCCGGCACAGCAGCCUUGGAGAUCAGAAAUCCCUGGAAGCAGAAGCUCUUGCUGAGGACAUCGAGAAGACCAUGAGCACGGCGCUGAACGAGCUGCGGGAGCUGGAGAGGCAGAACACGGCCAAGCAGGCGCCCGACGUGGUGCUGGACACGCUGGAGCCCAUGAAGACCCCCCCGCUGGGCGCCGCCAACUCGGAGCCGGCCAGCCCGCUGCACACCAUCCUGAUCCGGGACCCCGAGGCGGCCAUGCGGCGCAGCAGCAGCUCCACCUCCGAGAUGAUGACCACCUUCAAGCCGGCGCUGUCGGCCCGGCUGGCCGGGGCGCAGCUGCGGCCGCCGCCCAUGCGGCCGGUGCGGCCCGUGGUGCAGCACCGCUCCAGCAGCAGCAGCAGCUCGGGCGUGGGCAGCCCCGCCGUCACCCCCACCGAGAAGCUCUUCCCCAGCAGCUCGGCAGAUAAAUCGGGCACCAUGUAGGGCCGGGGCGCGGGGACUGCGGUGCCCGGACGCUGGGAGCAGGGCGAGCCUCGCUGGGGGGGCAGGGGUCAGAGCCCUGCUGGGGAGCCUCUGUGGAAGGAAACACGUGUGGGGCCUGGGCCUGGUGCUGUACAUACGUGUGUGUGUAUGUGCAUAGGUGUGCACACACCCCAUCCAUGCAGAAACACUUCCCGAGCUUGCAGUCCUACAGCAGGAGGAGACGGCAGGUCUGAGUGUUGGCACUGGAGAACACACUCAGUGUAGAAGUAUAUAUUAAAAACAAAGUGUACAGAAUUCAGUGACUUUUAAAAACAGUAGAUUUACCUCAGAAACUGGCUCUGAAAUGUCCUCUCUUGAGACAGUGGGUUGGUCUGGGUUUCCAAGGCUGUCUGUGUGCACCUGGAAGCCCACGCUGCAGCAGCUGUGCGUCAAGCAAUACAAGGGCCAUCCUGGAAUUUAUUUUCUGUACCUCUUGGCAUUGAGAAAAAAAAAAAGGGAUGGGAAUGCAGUGGGGUCUGUUCGCUGCUGGGCUGUAAGAAGAGCUGGAAAUCCAUACAUGACCAUGUGUGACCGGCCAGCUGGAGGCUUUCCAGUCCUGAAUCCUGAGAUGUCUUCAUGUGCCCGUGAUGCCCUGGCAGCAGGGACAAGCAGGGUGUGUGCCAUGGAUGGGAAUGGAGUGAAGUGAGUGUCAUGAGUGGGACAGAGUGAGGUGUGUGCCAUCACCCUCGUGCAGGAGGAGGACGCUGCGCUGCACUGGGACUGUGGAAUGCUGCUUCUCUGCAAGUUCUCAGAGUGAGCAAGGACUAGUGACCAAACCUGUGGUAAAGCAUGGAGUAACUUACAGAGUUUGGAGAUUCUUCAUCUCUCUUUCCCCACGUGCUUUUUCCUUUUUUUUUUUUUAAUCAAAACCCAACCCAGUGGUCUCUUGAGAGUCAGGCCUGAGCAGCAAGGAGGGGUCUCAGGUCAGAGUGGUUGUCCUGCAUGAGAAGCAUGAGCCGUGUCUGACCACAUCAGAUGCAAAACUGGUCUGAUGGGUGAUACUUUGCACUUUCUGUACUGUACCAUAUAAUACAACAGUUUGAGUUUAUGCAAAA